ACCCCCGGCGCACACUCGGUGCGGCCGCCCACUCGAUAUUGAAUGCAGCGCGAAGCAGAGCCGCGACCGCCGCUUGACCAAGGGUGGAUUUAUUUCAGUCAUGCGGUCAGUGCGUGCAGCGUAACACUUUAUUUGUCGCUCUAAUUUUCCGAGAGAAAGAAAUAUCUAGGCUGACAGAUAUGUUCCCAUUAUUUGGAUUUCAUCGCCAUUGAAAGGAAUAUUUCGCAGGAAAGAUGGGCGAAACGGUGAAAGUGGUUGUGCGGUGCAGGCCGAUGAACGCCAAAGAAGUCGACAUGGGCUGCAAAAACGUGGUGAAUAUGGAUCCAGUUUGCUGCACCUGUUAUCUGAGCAACCCCAACGAGCCGAGCGCGCCGCACAAAGCGUUCAGGUUCGACGGCGUCUACGAUGCGACCAGCACCACGGAAAAUGUCUACAACGAAGUGGCCUAUCCGUUGAUAGAGGGAGUUCCUGAAGGCUACAACUGCACGAUUUUCGCGUACGGGCAGACGGGUUGCGGCAAGAGUUUCACGAUGCAGGGGCCGAAGGAGCCGGCCAGCCAGCGCGGCAUCAUCCCCCGAGCCCUUGAGCAGCUUUUCGAGGCGGCUGCUGUCAGCGAGGCCAAAUUUCUGCUGACUGCCUCCUUUUUAGAAAUCCAUAACGAGGAAAUCAGAGACCUGCUCAAUCCUGCCAAUCAGAAAAAUAGACUGGAACUUAGAGAACAUCCGGAAAAGGGCGUCUAUGUGCAUGACCUUUCGAGUCACCCUGUGCACAGCAAAAACCAAUGCGUGGAUUUGAUGGAGCGGGGGUGGGCGCUGCGGGCGGUAGGGGCCACCCUGAUGAACGCGGACUCGUCGCGCAGCCACUGCAUCUUCUGCGUCAACGUGGAGCGCAUGGACGUGCUGAGCGACGGCAGCAGCGGCGUGCGUCGCGGAAAGUUGAACCUGGUGGACCUGGCCGGCAGCGAGCGGCAGGCCAAAACCGGCGCCACCGGCGACAGACUGAAGGAAGCCACCAAGAUCAACCUGUCCCUGAGCGCGCUCGGCAACGUCAUCUCGGCCCUGGUCGACGGACGCACCAGACACGUGCCCUACAGAGAUUCAAAACUCACCCGCCUGCUGCAGGACUCGCUGGGCGGCAACACGAAAACCUUGAUGGUGGCUUGUCUGUCGCCGGCCGACUACAACUACGACGAGACCCUGAGCACGCUGCGCUACGCGCACAGGGCAAAGAGCAUCGAGAACAAGCCGAGAAUCAACGAAGAUCCGAAAGACGCCGUCAUCCGGCAGUACCAGACGGAAAUCGAGCAGCUGAAAAUGCUUCUCAGCGGCAGUGUGUCGUCGUCGGUGUUGCCGCUGAACAACAACGUCGGCAGCCACGCCGAGGUUGAGGACCUGCGCGCCAGAUUCGAAGAGGAACAGCGCAACAAGGCGCGCCUCCAGCAGGACCUGGAGGAGCUCAAGUCUUCCUACGCACAGCUCACUCAGCUAAAUAAGGUUGGCCGGUCGCAAGAGACCGAAGGAGAGGAAGACGUGAAAAUGGCCUCUCCAGAGUUAGUGGAGCAGUCGUCGAGCACGCUACAGCAGUCAGUUCUUCAGAGAUUGCGAGACCUGCAGUCGAACAUGGUGGGUGGGGAGCUGGCGCACGACACGGCGCUGAAAGAAAAACGGCAGCGCCAACGGAAGGCGUCAGAGCGUCGGCUGAAAGCGUUGGCCACGGCGCUCAGCAAAAAAGACGACGAAGAAGCGGCCGUCCUGCAGGUCUACGACGACAUCGAGCAGGAGUUGGCGGCCAAGAGCGACGCCCUGCGCAAGGCAAGGGCCAAAAUUCGCUCUUUCGAACGCGAAAUCAAAGACCUGCAGCGCGAAUUCGAGAUCGAACGCACCGACUAUUUGGAAACGAUCCGUCGGCAGGACCGAAAUCUGCAGCUCCUGCAGCAAAUCACGGCAAAAAUGGCGCCGCUGGUCAAACCCGAGUGCAACUACAGCGACGUCGAACGCGUCAAAGGAGAGGCCGUGUGGGUGGAGGACCUGCAGAAGUGGCGCCUGCCCGAAACCUCGAUCGGCCGCACGCGCCUCCCGCCCGCCGGCUCCACCACGCCGCCCAAGCAGGUUGUCCAACCGAUGCUCGUGCUCAAUCCGUCCAACACCGCUCCUGCUAAGCUUGGCGCUUCCACCAGCACCCCAUCCUCCCCUGAGCCACCUGUCAAUGCCGGCGAUACCUUGAAACAGAAACUGGAGAAAGGUGCUCAAGAAAACUUGGCGGCCAACUACUUCAAGCCGAAGCGAGCGACAGAGCUGCUGAUUAAGGCCCAAGAAGAAAACACUGGAAGGCAGUGGAUUGCGCAGCAAUGGAGAGAGGCGAGAAGAGGCGGACAGUUGCUGGCGACUAGUCUGACGAGUCUCAGCUCCAGCGCCGGACCCACGCUGGAAAUGGCUGCUCUUUCCGGAAAUAACAACUCUCCAAUGCUCAACCGAAGCAACGUUGCCUGGGCACAUGACAGUACGCCUGACCUCUUUAUCUCCCGGAAGCCGGCCCGCUUGGAAGCACUGCCCCUUCUCGCCGAGAAAAUUGGCAACAGGAAGAGAGUCAAAGCGGAGCUAAACACGUUGGAUCUCAUAUGACUAGAGGCCGGCGUUUAAACGAUGUAUUUGACUACUUGCGCACCUGUUAAUCCGAAAAUUGUGAUUAUUUUCCUACCUUUCCAUUUAAAUACCCACUGAAACCACAUUUUUUCCGUGUGUCCUGAGUCCUGAGAAUCGAAAUAAUUUUCCCGAUCAAAAAUUUAUGGUGAGGUGCGAGCAGCGGCGCAAAUAAUGUACCAUUUGGUCGCUACUGCGCAUGCGUCAUUCCCUCUCAGCUGCCAAGCACGAAUCAUCGCAGUGGCAGCUGUGACGUCAGAGUCGUGGCGCCUGCGCGGUAGCGACCAAAAGGUUCACAGCGCCAAAGCAACGUGCGUUUUGCUUUGCCUCUAUACCUUCAUUCCAGGUCAAUGGUCACAACCUGGCUUCAGGUCGGAAGUUGAGAACGCGAGAUCUCGGCCUCUGCUGGUCAGAAAUGCAAAAACUGCAUACCGAUGAACUCGUCUUGAUGCUCCCUGAAGAGCCAAAUAGGUUUCAACCUCCCCAUUUCAUCCCUCCUCCAUCCCCUCGUAUUUAUGACAUUAAUUAAUUUUUUUUCAGCCUGAUGGCAAUUUAAUUUAAGAAAAAAUCAAUAUGUUUUCGGAUUAAUAGGUGCUCCCCCUUGUAAGCUACUUCUGUGAUACUAAAAUUGCGUGGAAUCAAUCGCCCUUUUUACUGGAAAUCAAUUUAUAC